CUGGAGGGCCAUCACUCUCGGCUGGCUCCACAACACACAGUGCCUUAGAGAAAGUCUAAACAUGAAUUCUGUGAUGGACACAUUACACGGGUUUGGAGUGAGCAGCACCCAAUACCUGCAGACCCAUUACAAAGACGCCCAAGGGUGGUUUCUUUUCGUCUCCUUUGCGGCAGAUCUGAGGAACACCUUCUUCAUCUUCUUUCCCAUCUGGUUCCAUCUGAAAGAAUCAGUCGGGAUCAAGCUCAUCUGGGUGGCUGUGAUCGGAGACUGGCUCAAUCUGGUCUUUAAAUGGAUCCUGUUUGGAGAACGUCCAUACUGGUGGGUCCAUGAGACUUCUUACUACAUCAACAGCUCAACGCCGCAUAUCGAGCAGUAUCCCAUGACCUGUGAGACCGGUCCAGGAAGCCCGUCUGGUCACGCUAUGGGCGCUGCUGGUGUUUACUACACACUGGUCACCUCAAUCCUCGCCAUUAUGCUGAGCAAAGAGAAGAAAUCCUCAUCUAGGAGCUUGUACUUGCGUGGUUCACUCUGGACACUCUUUUGGACGGUCCAGGUCUGUGUUUGUCUCUCUCGAGUCUUCAUCGCCGCUCAUUUUCCACAUCAAGUUUUCGCAGGAGUUAUUUCAGGCAUGAUUGUCGCCGAGGCCUUCAACAGACAGAAAUGGAUCUACAGCGCCAGUCUGAAGAAUUACUUCAACAUCACGCUGUUCCUGCUCUCGUUCGCGGUGGGCUUGUACCUGCUCCUCAAAGCUCUGGGUGUGGAUCUGCUGUGGACCCUUGAGAAAGCCCAGCGGUGGUGCGUCAAUCCAGCCUGGGUCCAUCUGGACACUACGCCGUUCGCCAGCCUGUUGAGGAACAUGGGCACCCUGUUCGGCCUGGGACUCGGCCUGCACUCCCCGAUGUACACGGAAAGCAAGAAGAGCAGCGGCGCUCGAGCCAAGACGGCCUGCAUCGCGGCCUCUCUGUUCCUGCUGCAUCUCUUCGACUCCAUCAAGCCUCCCACACACACGGCGGCCCUCUUCUACCUGCUGUCUUUCUGCAAGAGCGCCACGGUUCCCCUCGUCACGGUCAGCAUCAUCCCGUACUGCGUGUCCGGAGCCCUCGGGUUACAAAGCAAAAAACAGCUGUGAGCUGGGAAAGAACUGAAAAAAUGACUGUGAGCUACCGCACAACUAUUUACAGUAUUUCAAACUAGCAUGUCGUUCGUAGUUCAUCCCAUCAGUCGAAGGAACGCUGCCAACGAACAAGGGAUGCAAAUACUUAAGCGUUUAAAUUAAGCAUUGUUGUAAUACACAUUACGGUGAUGCGUUGUGUGAGAUAAAGAAUUGUAGUGUUUUUGUAUUUUAGCGCCUUUGGAUCUGCCUGAAAAGGUCUGGCAUUUAACAAAAUAAGUGUUAAGUUCUUUUUUGAGAACUGAAGUUAUAAACCACAUUAUAUAUGCAUAGGAGGACAUUUUUUGCCUUCCCUAGGAUGUGUGCUUUUUUUUGUUGUGUUUUCUGUAUUAUUUUAUUUUUGGAAAUCCUUUAGGUCAUUUUUAAUAAAACGCUGAAAAUA